UGUGCCUCGUGAUGGACGGUCGUUAAUACAUAUAUACCCACCAUUGUUGAUGUUAGCUGGAGAUGGUUGGAAUCUACCUAAGCUGCCCUACAUACAUGUACAUAUAUCAUGGGUACCUUGUAUGUACAUAUGUAGGUACAUAUAAAUGGGUAUGUAAGAUAUCCUGGCGGUUACUGGUUAAUGAUGGGAUCCAUGGAUAGGGGUGAUGGGGGAUCCCGCGCCGAACAAAGGCCAACUGAAGACUCGAUGGUUUCCCCAACCAUCGCAUCACCACCUAACAUAAAUCUUCUGAUGGAUGGCAACGACAAGGAAGAGAACGAGCACUUUCUGCAGCAUCACGACGAUGAUGAUCCGAGCUCACGCAAGUAUCGGCCACGGCGGACUCUACUCUUACACAUAAUUUUCUUCAUUCUUUAUGUUUGCUUUACCGCAAUCGUCCUAUUUGCGUACUACCCAUUGCACAAUAGUGGUAUACGUAUGAACACACUGACUUUGAACGGUGAGCCUCUUGCACUUCGCUGGCAGCGUUUCGUCCUCUCUGAAGAGAGCCCAUACGCAGGCCCGCCCCGCGAAGACAUCGAUCAAGCAUGGGCACAAUUACUCGAUCACGUCAACAUCCGCGCAUCUGACAGCGAGCUUGCGUCCUCGAACCAAACUUCGGUUCAGUUGCCCAGAGGGCAGGGCUCUUUAGUCUGGAUGGACGUGAGUCACCAGUUGCACUGCGUAAAAUAUCUCCGCCAGUGGAUCUACCGUGAUCACUAUCAUCCAGAAGUCAGCCCUGAGGAAACGCCACACUGGCUCUUGCAUAUUGAUCAUUGCUUAGAUCUGCUCCGACAGGCGUUGAUGUGUCGUGCAGACACGUCACCGAUGACCUUCCGCUGGGCGGCGGACAGACGAGAGCCCAUGCUUAAACUGGAGUCGCCCGAACAUGUCUGUGUGGACUGGGAGGACCUGAUGGGAAAGGUGGGAUCGCGUAGGGUUAGCGACGCCGAUAUGGCGGUAUUGACGAAUCCAAAUCUAGAGCCAGACGGCAUGUAGAUAUUAAGCGACGUGUAGCAAAAUCGCAAAAUACACACAUAUAGACAGCAAUGAAGAGAGGAAUUUAUGUACGUACCUAGUCUGAAUGUCUAAAUCUUGCUAGUGACGGCUGUGGUGAUCGAUAGGUAGGUAGGUAACUAUGGGGUGGUAUGUAAGCU